AUGGCAAAUAAAAUACCAUUCAUCACAUUCCCCACAACACCGCACAAAAUAAGGGAACAACAUAAUAAGUUCUACCACAUUGCACAGUUUCCAAAGGUGAUUGGUGCGAUUGACGGAACUCACAUCUAUCUACAUGGAGCACCAUUGGGACAGGAUGAGUACCUGUACACCAACAGGAAAGGGCGGUACUCAAUAAACGUCCAGCUUAUCUGCGAUGCAGAUUUCCGAAUAAUCAACGUGGUAGCUAGAUGGCCCGGGAGUACGCAUGACUCCAGAAUUCUCCAGAACAGUGUAGUUGGACAGAACUAUGCCAAUGGACGUUUGCAUGGCAUUCUCCUUGGAGAUUCAGGCUAUGCCCUGCACCCUUGGCUUAUGACUCCUAUCUUGAACCCCCAAAAUCAAGCACAGAGAGCGUACAACCAAUCUCACUGCCGCACAAGAGCGCUCAUUGAGCAAGUUAAUGGGCAAUUAAAGAACAAAUUUAGGUGCUUAAUUGGACAAGGACUCCAAAUGCGGCCUGACAGAGCCUCCAACUUCAUCUUGGCCUGUGCUGUGCUGCAUAAUAUCAGCAAACAACUUCGGCAGCCUGAAGUUCUCUUCGACGUGGAAGCAAAUGAUGACAUAGUUGAGCAAGUAGAUCACGCCCCCAAUGGUGUAGAAGCACGGAAUGUUAUCAUUGAAAAUCACUUUUCAUAGUAUAAUAUUGUUUUUGGUGUAGUUGCUGUUAAAAUUAUGAACAUUCUGAUA